AUGUCCAACAGCAGCUCCUUCAACGAAUUCCUUCUCAUGCCAUUUGCGGAUACACGGGAGCUGCAGCUCUUGCACUUUGCACUCUUCCUGGCCAUCCACCUGGCUGCCCUCCUGGCCAACGGCCUCAUCAUCACAGCCAUAGCCUGUGACCACCGCCUGCACACCCCCAUGUACUUCCGCCUCAACCUCUCCCUCCUCGACGUUGGCUUCAUCUCCACCACUGUCCCCAAAUCCAUGGCCAAUUCCCUGUGUGACACCAGGGCCAUUUCCUACUGGGGAUGUGUUGCACAGGUCUUUCUGUUUGUCUUUUUCACGUCAGCAGAAUAUUCUCUUCUCACAAUCAUGGCCUAUGACCCCUAUGUUGCCAUCUGCAGACCCCUGCACUAUGGCACCCUCCUGGACAGCAGAGCUUGUGUCAAAAUGGCAGCAGCUGCCUGGGCAUCUAAUUUCACCUAUGGUCUCCUGCACACUGCCAAUACAUUUUCCAUACCACUCUGCCAAGGCAAUGCUCUGGGACAGUUCUUCUGUGAGAUCCCCCAGAUCCUCAAGCUCUCCUGUUCACACUGCUACAUCAGGGAAGUUGGACUUCUUGCAAUUAGUGUCUGUUUAUGUCUUGGGUGUUUCCUUUUCAUUGUGGUGUCCUAUGUGCAGAUCUUCCGAGCUGUGCUGAGGAUCCCCUCUGAGCAGGGCCGCCACAAAGCCUUUUCCAUGUGUCUCCCGCACCUGGUCGUGGUCUCCCUUUUUCUCAGCACUGCAGUGUUUGCCUACCUGAAACCCCCCUCCAUGUCCUCCCCAGCUCUGGAUCUGGUGCUGGCUGUUCUAUAUUCAAUGUUGCCUCCAACAGUGAAUCCCCUCAUCUACAGCAUGAGGAACAAGGAGCUCAAGGAGGCACUGAGAAAAAUUUUUCAGUGUGUACAAUAUCCCCAGCAAUAA